UAAUCAAACUUGUUUAUUAAUAUAGACAGUAAAGCAAAACACACAAUGUGAUUAAUCUGAGAUGAGCUUUUUUUCAUCACAAUCAAAUCAAGAAAUACAUAUGGCAUUCAACAAAAUUAGAACUUGCGAAUAACCCCUGAGCGCAUGUGUCUGUGUGAUAAUUGAUUAGUUGACAGGAAAUUUGUGAUGAAUACAUGGAGAAAGUUGAGCGAAUACGUACUUGGUGAGCGGAGGAGCAACCGGCCGGGAGCGGUGGUGGGGGAGUUGCGCCCUUGCUGUGUCUGUGCCUGACGAAUUUGGCUUUUUGUGUUUGCUUUUUUCCUAAUUUGAUUUAUGCAAAAGUUACAGUUAACCCACGCCAACUUUACUCAUAGUUGUAAUCUCACCCUCAGCCCCCAGAUCCUGUUAAUUACAAUCAUGCCCCCGUCUUCUGCUUCCGUGAAUUGCCAUGGAAAUGGAGAUGGAAAAGGGUGUGAAGAGAUGGUUGGUCAACAUAUCACAGUGGAAUCCCACACCCAAUGAAUUCUCCAUCGCCAUGUCUGUUUUACCUCAAGAACAACACUCCUCUAUCACCAGGUUUACGAAAACUGAAGACCAAAAGAGGGCACUUGUGAGCCGGCUGUUGCAGUAUGCACUUGUGCAUGAGGUUCUAGAGAUUCCAUUUGAAGAGAUUAUCAUCAAUCGAACUCCUGAAGGCAAGCCUUAUCUGGAAAGCCAUAAGAACAGUAUGAAAUUUCCAAAUUUCAACUUUAAUGUAUCUCAUCAUGGUGACUAUGUGGCGAUAGCCUCUGAACCCAUUUGCCUUGUGGGUUUAGACAUUGUAUGUUGCGUCAAUCCUGGAAAAGAAACGGUUUCAGAGUUCAUUCGCAAUUUCUCAUCAUACUUUUCAAGUUCAGAGUGGGAAAAGAUUGUCAAUGCUGGUUCUGAUGAUCAUGUCCUGGACGUUUUUUUCAGGAAUUGGUGUUUGAAGGAAGCAUUCGUAAAGGCCUUGGGAACAGGAGUUGGGUAUAAAUUAGAUUAUGUAGAGUUUCAACACAAAGAUUGGGCUGAUAUAUAUGUCAAAGUAGAUGGAGAUACAUUGAAGGACUGGAAUUUCUGGCUUUUUGAACUUCAAGGGAAACAUCGGGUUGCCGUUGCUAGGGGUCACCCAAGAAUGGCCGCUGAAAGUUACAAGAAAACUCUCAAACGGACUCAUUUUGACAGUGAUCUUUACAAACUAGGUUUCCAUUUACCAAAUCCGAGGUUUCUUUCAAGAACAGUUGAAGAACUUUGUGCCCUUUUCCCUUUAUGUUCAUACAAAACUUUAAUUUGACAAUUCGUUAAUUGUAUUAAUACUUCACAUAUUCUAAUGGAAGACAAAAUGCAUUGUAAUUGAAUUGAUUCCAUUUUAUGUAACACGUCUAGAAAAUCAAGAUAGUGUUGUGCAUUAUAUUAG